UCGUAAUGGUUCUGCAGUCUCUCAGAUUAUGGAUACAGAUAUCUACAAAAACCCUAAAGUGUACAGUAAGGUCAUUUCAAUAACAGGUGUGAAAAUAGUGAAUUAUUGCUCCCCACUCUACUUUGCAAAUGCCGAAAUGUUUCGUCAGAGGGUCAUUAAAAAGACCGGACUGGAUCCUGGAAAACUGAUCCUGGCCAGGAGGAAGUUCUUGGAGAAAGAGGAGAAGGGGAAAGAGAAAGAGGAGAGGAAGGAGGAGAGGAAGGAGGCGAGGAAGAGGAAAUCCAGCUCUCUGGUGACCAUGAAGUCUCAGAUCAUCUCCCAGCUGGAGAUGCAGGAUGACUUUGAUACGAGCAGCCCCCACACCAGCUACGUUAACUUCCACUCUGAUGACGACAAUGUGGGGGAGCAGGAUCCCCCCCCACCCACCCUGGAGCUGAAGCCCACCCCCUUCCACACACUGAUCCUGGACCUGCCAGGCGUCUGCUUCAUGGACCUGACGGGCAUCAACACGCUGAUAAAG